GGGGAAUCAGAGGUGAUGGCGACUGUGUCCAUGAACCGAUUGAUGCGCGGUAUAGCGGCACUGAAUGUGUCUGCUCCGCGUGCGAGUCUGGUGCGCGCAGCCAGCACGCAGGUGGCUGCAAUGCCGGCCAAUUUGUCGCUGGCCGAAGAGAAGCCAAUGCCGCCGCCUCGCGUGAUCCCGGCUGCGCAGGAGGUCAAGGUGACGUCGUCGGGCGACCUGGAGUUGAAGAUGCUGUCGUUGGCCGAGGACACGCAGGAUCUUGGCUCUAUUUCCAUGGACGGCGAGGUUUUUGGCGCGCCCGACCGCGUGGACAUCCUACAGCGUGUUGUGCGCUGGCAGUUGGCAUGCCGUCGUGCUGGUACCAACAAGACUAAGACGCGCUCCGAAGUGAGUGGCUCCACCCGCAAGCCAUGGAAGCAGAAAGGCUCUGGGCGUGCCCGUGUGGGUGACAUCCGUGCGCCGCAGUGGCGCGGAGGCUACCGUGUGCACGGCCCCGUGCUCCGCGACUUCUCGUACAGCCUGCCCAAGAAGGUGCGCGCCAUGGGCCUGCGCGUUGCGCUAUCCACCAAGCUCCGUGAGGGCAAACUGGCCAUCGUAGACUCCCUAGACGUUGACAUUACCAAGACUAAGGAUAUGAAGAAGCUGCUGGGCGGCCGUGGCUGGGACCACGCGCUGUUCGUGGGAGGUGAGGAAGUGGAGUCGAGCUUUGUGCUGGCCACACGUAACAUCCCGCACGUGGACACGCUCGCGCAGAACAAGAUCAAUGUCUACUCGAUCUUGCAGAAGGACUUGCUGAUCAUCACGAAGGACGCCGUCAAAUACCUUGAGGAGCGUCUUCACGUUGACUAGAUAAGUGACAGCGGCUC